GAGAUUUAGCUCUCCAGAAAUAAGCGAUAGGCGGCUAAGUUUUAUUCAGAAUGCGUCCGUAAUCCACUGACUGUCUUCAAAGGGGUGAAAUCAAACCUUCUGAUAUAAGCUUCGCUAUUUUCUAUUCCUGGAGAGCUUUAUGCGCCCGGUCUCCAACAAUGAUCGGGAGAGGACUGUUCAUUCUGGCAAUACUGUCCAACUGCGUUCUGUCAUUGCCACUGACUCAAAGUCAGCUGGAGAAUGAGGACGUACAGGUGAUGAAAUGUAUUGUGGAGGCGUUGGCAGAUGUGCUAUCAAGGCCCCACCCCAUGCCUGUCAGUCAGGAGUGUCUGGCCACACUGAGGACAGAUGAAAGGCUUGUUUCUAUCCUUCGCCAUCAUAACUUUCUGAAGGAGCUGCAGGAGAUUGCCAUUCAAGGUGGUCAAGAGAGAGCUCAGCUGCAGAGAGAUGCCGCUACACCUGACCCACUGACACACACUCCUCAGAAUCCAGGUGAUGUUGCUGAUCGAUCCAUGUUGGAGGCUUUAGGAGGCCCUGGAGAAAGAUCCAUCCUGUCCCAGAAGAGGACGACAGGAAAUGGAGACGGAGAGGAAGAAAAGGACCUGGGAGAUGGAGAGUCACAAGAGGACAGUGGCAACGUUAAAGAAGUGCAAACAAAGGGGGAAAAUGACGAGAGCCCAGGAAGUCACGCCGCUGAGUCUGUGGAUGAGUGGAGUGAGGGAAAGGCUGAAAAGAGCGAGGAAGAUGAAGAAGAAGAGUAUGAAGAGAAGAGAGCAAAUUCAGUGGAGAAUUCAGAGGAAAGCAUGACCAAGGAUAAGAAAGGAGCUGGAUCUGGUGAAAAGAAAGAUGCACCCAGAAACAAAUCAAAAGAGAAGAAGUCCAAUGAAGAGGAUGCAGAGGAGGAAGACAAGAGAUCUGCACUUUUCUCACAUAAAAAAGAGGUGGAGCAGGAAGAAGAGAAGGAUGAAGGGGAGACGAAGAGAGGGAAUAAGGAGAGCCUAAAGCGAUGGACCAAGAGGGGUAAGGCCUUGUCACUGACGAAGAAAGCAGUCGGAAAGGAGGCGCAGCAGCUCAACAGCCAGCAGGAAGUGCCACACCAUUCAAAAGAGUUCACAGAGGAAGAGGAGGAGGAGAAGAAGAAAAGAGGCAUGCAGCGAAGUCUAGAGGAGAAGGAGCUGCAGAUGAUUGCUAGAAGGUUGCCUGAGGAAAAGAGGGGGUCGGAGGAAGAGGGGAGCGCCAGCCAGAAGUCAGAGGAGCCAGAGAUUGAAAGCCUGGCAGCCAUCGAGUCGGAGCUCGAAAACGUUGCCCAGAAACUCCAUGAGCUGCGGCGAGGCUGAGAGAGAGAGAUUGGUAGAAAACUUGACACCGCAACCUCCUCUGCCUUCUCGUCCUCCUCCGCUUUACCAGCUGCCUGGUUUCUACAUACACAGAGCGUGUGAAUAUGUGACAAUAUUUUAUCUUUUGCUAUUUUUCUAGAGGAUGCCCCCUUUGCACCACACUGCUGCAGCCUCUCUUGUGACAUUUUGUCCCUCACAUAGAUUAGCAUCCAGUAGAUGCACAUUGCAGCUAGACAUGCAUAAAAAAUAUCCAAAUUCUGUGCAUUCAAACACGUGCAUAUAACAUUCAGAACACAGAGCAAGGCUCUUAAAGGAAAAAUCUGUCCAUCGCUGAAGUUUGACAGCUUGUUUUCCUUCAUUUUCUCUGACAAUCAUCUCUGUCUUUCUGCAAGUGUAACAUGCCUGCUUUUCAAAUGAUUUUAACAUAGCGCAUUGAUUUAUUUGAAAGGUUGAGGCAGAUCCAGGUAUAUUCACACACUCACACACACAUACACGCACACACACCAACAAAGUGAGGUUGUACAGUCACGGCAUGUAUACAUGUACAAAGCUCUUUCUGGGAUGUUUACUUACUUAUUAAGGGAGAAGAAGGACAAUAUAUAGAUGCUUACCAAUUAUAUAUACAGAUGACUCACAUCAAGCCAAGGCAAUAAGUGAACAUUUUUAGCAGAUUAAUGGCUGGAUUGUAAUCUUAAACUGUACUUAAUUAUGUAAGAAAACCAAUAAA